AAUUUAAUUUCCAAAAAUAUCCUAGCUGAACCUUGAAAAUACCUAACAAAAAUUAAAGAUUGUAACAGUUGAUUAUACAGCUGUUGUUUACGUGUAAGCUUUUCAAGAACUGCUGUACGUCUCACGGAAAGUAUUUCAUAAAGAAAACUGUUACACUUCAUAAAGCAACCUGUUCACUUUAGUGACGUAUCCUGUCACACUGGUUACGUGAUUACUGCUAACACUGCCCUCAUUUCACACUAAUAAGAAUAAUACUACUACUGAGAGAAAGGCGAGUAGGAUCCCGUCUAAUUUCGGAUUUUACUAAUUCACUGUUUUAUCGGGAGUUGCACGAAACAGCGGAGGUUCACAAGCAUGGAAGACAAUAACAAAACAACUGAGGAACCGGAAAAUGAUCCACCAGAAUACUCUGAAAAACCUGGAAACACACCUGCUUUUGCGAAUCCUUUGGCUUCUGAACAUCCCGGAGAAUCUGGAUAUCCACCGCCACCAGCAUAUGAACCACCACCCGGAUAUGAACCACAACCCGGAUAUCCACCACAAUUCGGAUUUCCACCACCACACGGAUAUCCACCACAACCCGGAUAUCCACCACAAUUUGGAUAUCCACCACAACCUGGAUAUCAACCACAACUCGGAUAUGCACCACAACCCGGAUACCCGUCACAACCACCAAUUGUGCUACAAGCACUGAAUCAACAACACCAAAACCCUGUUAUUAUACCAAACCAGCAAUCACAAUAUGUUGACGAUAAGCUGACUGCAGCAAUUCUUGUCACAAUUUUCUGCUUUUUUCCGACAGGUAUUCCUGCUAUUAUAUUUGCAUAUCAAGCAAACUCAAUGGCCCGAAUGGGAAAUAUAGCAGAUGCAAACGAAGCAAACAUUAAGGCAAGACAUUUCAUCAGAAUAUCAGUAAUUUUUGGUUUUAUAAUUACGCUUGGAACCAUCCUACCCCUUAUUAUAGUAUUUUCGGUUGUUAGCGGUAUUAAUUGAAGUGUGUUCUUUUUUUAUAUACUCGAUUAAUUUAUUUUUAAAUAUAUUGAGGACUUCAGUCAAUAAGGGGUAUAUUUCACAACAAAUGGCGAAUUUAAAUAUUGAACAAUGAUAUAUAAGCUUAUCGGUGAAUUCUAUGGCUUCAGCCUGAUUGCAAGAAUCCAUAAAGCAGUAAAACUAUGAGAGUAUAGAGAUAUUCCUGAAAGACUUUUACCAUUUCUUCUCUCCAAUUUUAUCAUCCUCGAAAGCAAUUGAUGUUGUUGUAUUUUGUUUUUAUCUGAAUCUUCUUCUUCAUUAUGACAAGAACUAUCAUAUUUGAGAAUAAUUUUAUAAGCACAAUUGUUAAAUAAAGCAAACUUUAAAACAUUUUUGAAAA